GCUUUCCCAAGCCCAACUCAGUGAGAGCGGGGGGGUCGCCCCGCUCUUCUCAAAUCCUAUUGGGUAAAACCUACGCCUCUCAUCCCAGGGCAGGACAAGGGGGGGGGCGCGAGAAAAUGACGUCACGGUAGCAGGGAGGGACCUUCGGUUGCUUUGGGCUCUCCGUCCGCUGAGGGUGCUGACUGAAGACCGUUCCGUGGGCGACGCCGUCGCAAUGACCAUUUGUCAGUUCUUCCUUCAAGGCCGGUGCCGCUUUGGAGACCGGUGCUGGAACGAACAUCCCGGCGCCGGGGGUGCGGGCGGAGGACGGCAGCAACAGCCCUCAGGUAGUUACAGACGUGGAUGGAAUACCACCAGCCAAAGAUAUUCCAGCGUUAUCCAGCCAUCCAGCUUCUCCAAAUCAACACCAUGGGGGGGCAGCAGAGAUCAAGAAAAGUCAUCUUUCAGUUCCUUCGAUUCUGGAGCUUCAACUAGCAGGAACAGAGGGUUUGGAUUGUCCCAGAAUCCAUUUGCUUCACCCAGCUCUGAUGGGCAGAAAGAUGAUAAGAAACUUCUGGAAGGAAUUAUAAAAGAUAUGGAAAUUUGGGAAUCAUCAGGGCAGUGGAUGUUUUCUGUUUAUUCGCCAAUGAAAAAGAAACCUAAUAUUUCAGGUUUUACAGACAUUUCACCAGAGGAGUUGAGGCUUGAAUACCAUAACUUCUUAACCAGCAAUAACUUACAGAGUUAUCUAAAUUCCCUCCAACAGUUAAUAAAUCAAUGGAGAAACAGAAUAAAUGAAUUGAAGAGUCUAAAUACAUCAACUAACAUAGCCUUGCUCUCAGCUGUAAAGGAUGGAGUAAAUCAAGCAGCACCUGCAUUUGGAUUUGGCAGUACACAAGCAGUAACAUUUGGAUCACCAGGUUUUGCAGUGAAUAACAGCAGCAGUGCUAAUGCUCAGAAUUUUAGUUUUAAACCAAGCUCUGGAUUUGCCUCUGCCCCUUCUGGAAGUCCUCCUGUGUUCGGGAAUACUCCAGCAUUUGGAGCUGCAUCCUCUGCCAGUUCUGCCAUCACUACUUCUGUUCCAACGUUUGGAUUUGGGAAGCCUGCAGUCACAUCUGCUGCUUCAUUUUCUUUUAAAAGUCCUGCAGCUUCUGGUUUUGGAUCACCUGGAUUUUCAGGAUUUCCAGCUUCCAUGGCAGCAGGCUCUUUUGGAGCUCCAGGGGCCCCAGCCUUUGGAAGUGGCACUUCUGUGGCUGGUUUUGGUAGUCUAGGCUCACAUUCUCACACUGCUUUUUCCAAGUCAUCUAGUGACACCUUUGGAAAUAGUAGCAUAUCCACCUCUCUCCCAGUCUCAAAUGGCAGCACCACCACAGAUAAUGAAUUAUUCACACCCAGGGAUCAAUUAACAGCAGAAGAACUAGAACAAUUUCAGUCCAAGAAAUUUACUCUGGGAAAAAUUCCUUUAAAGCCACCACCUGCAGAACUUCUAAAUAUUUGAAAGGACAAUUUUAAAUACAGAAAAGAACAGCUCUUAAAAUUGUUUUGAGUGGUUUGUAUAAAAUUGCUUUGAGUAGUUCAAAUAUAUACGUAUGUAUGUAUAUAUGUACAUAUAUACUAAUAAGGAAUAUAAGCUUUCAUUAAUAACUUUAGGGAUCUUGAAAUUCAAUAUUUUUUUCUAAGUAAAGCAUAAAAAAUACUCGCAAGAGGUUUUUUUUUUUUUUUACUUAUGAAUGGAAGUGAAAAAAACUGUCAGUGUGCACUGAAUAAAGUGCAUUUCCAUCUAUAUAACUUUACUAUAUAACUUUACCCUUUAAAGGUUUACCUUUAAACUUUUUUUUUUUUUUUUUUUUUAGGAAGGAGAUCAUUUCUAAAGCCAUUAGGGGAAAAAAUGCUUAAGUAUUUAGCUUACUUACCAAAUAAACAUCAGUAGCAUGACUAUCCUUCAUGUUAAAGAAAAUUCUGUUAGAGAUAACAGUUUUUAAACUUCUUUUUAUUUUUCAGACCUACAAAAGGCAUUUUCCCUUCAUAAUUUUGUUACCCUCCAAUUUUGACUCUCUCAUGGACCACCAUUUGAGUUUUCAACAAUUUUAGACUGAUUUUUUUUUUUUUAAGAUUUUAUUUAUUCAUUUGAGACACAGAGAUACAGAGAGAGAGAGAGCAUGAGCAGUGGGAGAGGCAGAGGGAGAGGAAGAAGCAGACUCCCUGCUGAGUCAGGAGCCCGAUGUGGGACUCGAUCCCAGGACCCUGGGAUCAUGACCUGAGCCGAAGGCAGACGCUUAACCAUCUGAGCCACCCAGGCGCCCUUUAGACUGAUUUUUAUCAGGGCCUAACUUUUGUAUAAAUUCUAUUUAUUCCUCAUAUUAUCCCAUCAAGUUGGCAGAUUUUAAGAGGAAUGGAAAUUGUGGUCUCACAUGAAUAAAUAGUGUAUGUGGUGGGGUCAGGAUUCACCAGCUCUGGUGAGCUUCUAUUAGAAUUCUCAGACAUGUUUCGAUUUCCCUGGGCCCUCAGAUAGAAAGAGUAAUAUCUUGUAUAUCUUAUAUAUAGUUGAUCCAAGAAGCCAAAGACUUGUCAUGAGUUGAGGCUUAUGUGUCAGAGUUCUGUUCUCCCCUCUCAAGCCUCUAUAAUGACAUAGCUCACACUACAGAACAGUUACCUGACAUAGAUCUGGGAUUGAGCUGACUUUUUAAUGUGAAAAUAGAAUCUUCCCUAAUAAAAGAUAUGCACCCCAAAUGAUUUUAGUGUUUAUGCAAAGAAUUCAGUCCUCAGAAGAUCCAGAUUCUACGUUACUUCUUUCAAAGAACUGUAAGACUCCCAGCUAACACUUAUGGAAACCCCAAAUUUGGGAUGGAAUCUGUAGCCCAGGGGUGUAUGUUUGAAACCAUCCUUGGUGUAGAAAGAGUAAAAAGAUCCUAAGUUCCUGCUUUGGUCUCAAGCUCUAAAGACUUUCCAAUGUUUAUUCCAACUUACAGUUCACUCCUAGGAUUUUCCUACAUGAUGGAAUAAACCCUAUGCUACCAGGCUUACCAGUCUCCUGUGGGUCCCAGUUGAACUUCCCAGUGUCCCGGAGGCUCUGAGGAUGCAAAUUUAGGAUGUAGGGUUUCUAAAUUUCCCUGAUUAUGAGCAUUUCAUGGGUAUUUGUUAAAUUACAUAUCCAGAAUAAUAUAUCCACUAGGCUAGGCCUGGGGAUGUGUUUUUUACCAAGUGUUUCAUGAGAUUCUAUAAGCAAGUUCGGGAAACAGGAGCCUAUCUAGCUGCAUUUAGGCCACUUAGUAAUAUGUGAUUUGGGAGUUUUGUUGUAAUUGUUGAAGCCUAUUUUAUGUGCUUGUGUGCGUACACGCACACACACACACAAUGUGGUGAACUUAGAUCCAAGGUGGUCAAAUAGUGCUGUUGUCAAAAAGCACAAGUAAGUGCUAUGGGUUACCUUAAAGUGUGAGAAACUAAAGCAAAGGAGUUCACAAAGUAGAAACCAGCAGUAUGCAUGCAUACCGGUAUCAGGAGUCCAAGAAGGCCUGAACUCCUAGACCUAGCUAAGGGGCAGCAGGGCUUCAGAGAAUCAGAAACAGGUACCAGUGAGGUGGUGGCCAGGUAGACUGAGUGGAAGGGGGAAAAAGCAACCACAAGAUUGGGUGCCACCAUCUGGAUUUAUUCAGUGAGGCAAGAACCAGUUCUGGGAGAGCAGGUCUAACUGGAAAGUCUACCCCCAAAUAAGCAAAAACCGCCUCCCUUAGCAUCUGCUGCAACAGCUGUUUACCUAGAAUGGGAGCAAAUGACAGAACUGCAAACAAGGUUUUAUUACAAGUAAACUGAUUUAGCUAGCUUGGUUAUCUCGUCAGAGAUUAGAAGGGAAGGAGUGUAAUAGCUGAGAGCUGACUAGAAGAGGAGAGAGAAAACAGCUGGUAUUAACACUAUUUAAAAGGCCUAGCAUGAGUUAGCUACACAAUAUUAUUCAUAGAGAUAAAAUAAUUCAAUCUAGUGUCUGGCAACAGGAAAUCCUUUAAUUGUGGUAGAUUCAUAUAUUGGAAUACUAGACAACCUUUCUAAAUGACCAAAAAGAAUAGGGAAUAACUUGGAAAAGCUUUUAUUCUGUAGUCAUUGGGCAAAAGUGUGUUAUAAAAUUGUACGUACAAUGUGGUCCAAUUUGGGGGGAAAGUGUAUAUUCAUAGGGAAAGGAAAGCCUAAAAGGCAAUAAUAGCUCAAAAUUUUUUACUGUAAAAAAUACCCCACAUAACAUUAAGUUUACCAUCUUAAUUAUUUUUAAGUGUAUAGUUUAGUAGUGUUAAGUAGUGUGUACAUUCACAUUGUUGUGUUACAGAUCUCUAGAACUACAUCUUGCUACACUGAAACUAUUCCAUUGUCUGGAUGAACCACAUUUUCUUUAUCCAUUCAUCUGUCGGUGGAAUUUGGGUUGUUUGCACCUCUCAGCAACUGUAAAUAAUGCUGCAGUGAACAUGGUGUGCAAAUAUCUCAUUGAUAUCCUGCUUUGAAUUCUUUUGGAUAUAUACCCAGAAGUGGGAUUGCUGAGUCAGUGGCAACUCUUAUGUUUAGUGUGUUGAACCUAUAUGCCACUUUUCAUAGCAGCUGCACCAUUUUACAUAGCUAUCAACAUGGUUCCAAUUUCUCCGGGUCCUCCCCAGCACUCAUUUCCUUGUUUUGAUAGUAGCCAUCCUAGUGGGUGUGAGGUGAUAUCUCGUUGAUUUGAUUUGCAUUUCUCUUACAAUCAGUGAUGUUAAGCAUCUUUUCAAUUGCUUAUUGGCCAUUUGUAUAUUUUCCUUGGAGAACAGUCUAUUGAAGUUCUUUGCCUAUUUUUAAUUUUUUUUAAAGAUUUAUUUAGAGGCACUUGGUGGCUCAGUCAGUCAGGCAUCUGCCUUUGGCUCAGGUCAUGAUCCUAGGCCCUGGGAUCAAGCCCCACAUCAGGCUCCCUGCUCAGCGGGGGCUCUGCUUGCCCCUGUCCCUCUGCCUCUCCCCUGGCUUGUGUUCUCUCUCACUCAGUCUCUCUCAAAUAAAUAAUAAAUCGUUUACUUAUUUAUUUAUUUUAAAGAUUGUAUUUAUUUAUUUGACAGAGAGAGACACAGUGAGAGAGGGAACACAAGCAGGGGGAGUGGGAGAGGGAGAAGCAGGCUUCCCGCGGAGCAGGGAGCCUGAUGUGGGGCUCGAUCCCAGGACCCUGGAAUCAUGACCUGAGCCGAAAGCAGAUGCUUAAUGACUGAGCCACCCAGGCGCCCCUUUUAUGUAUUUUUUAAAAAAGAUUUUUAUGUAUUUUUAUUUGAGAGGGAGAGCAUGAGCCAGGGGAGAGCCAAAAGGAGAGAGAGAAUCCACAAGCAGACUCCCCACUGAGCAUGGACCCUGACGCACUCUAUCAGAACAGGGCUCUAUCCCAGGACCCUGAGAUCAUGACCUGAGCCAAAACCAAGUGUCGACUACUUAACCGACUGAGACACCCAGGCGCCCCCUUUGCCUAUUUUUUAAUCCAGUUAUUUGUUUUCUUGUUGAGUUGUAGAAAUUCUCUGUAUAGUUUGGAUAUUAAUCCUUUAUCAGAUAUAUGAUUUACAAAUAUUUUCUCUUAUUUCAUAGACUGCCUCUUCACUCUGAUUGUUUCCUUUGACAUAUAGACGUUUUUAGGUUUGAUGUAGGUUAUUUUUGUUUCUGUUGAUUGUAAUUUUGGUAUCAUAUUCAAGAAAUCAUUGCCAACUCCAAUGUCUUGCUUUUUUCCUGUUUUCUUCUAGGAAGUGUAUAGCUUUAGGUCUUACAUUUAGGUCUUUAAUCCAUUUUAAUUUAUGUAUAUGGUGUAAGGUAAGAGUCCAACUCCUUUUUUUUUGCAUGUGGAUAUCCAGGUAUCCCAAUACUAUUUGUUGAAGAGACUGUCCUUUCCCCAUUUUCUAGUCUUGGCAACUUGGUCAAAAAUUACUAGGGUAUAUAUGCACAGGUUUGUUCCUGGGCUCUAUUCUGUUUUGUUGGUCUAUACAUCUGCCUUUAUACCAGUACCACACUGUCUUAAUUAGUGUUUCAUUGUAUUAUGUUUUGAAAUCAGGAAUUGUGAGGCUGCCAAUUUUGUUCUUUUUCAAGAUUGUUUUGGAUACUUGGGAUAUUUUAAGAUUCCAUAUAAAUUUUGGACUUUUUUCCCA